AGAAAGACAGGGGCUGUGAGUAAGAAGCAGCUCAGAGAGGGAAAGCAGCAGAUAGAGGGAGAUACUCAGAGACUGACAGAGAGAGAGAGAAAGAUACACAGAAAAACAUGCAGAGAGAAAAACCAAUAAAGAGAAUUAAUCUUAGUUAAAUAGAACCAGACAGACAAACAAGGAGAAGCAAAAAGAGGGUGACACACAUUCAUAGAAAAGCAGAGGGACAAAGAGAGAGAGACAUGCAAAGAAAGAGGAAGACGCAGACAUAGAGAGAAAAAAGAGAGACACAUACACAUAAGCAGAAGUAGAUAGAGACAUAUACAGGCAGAGAGAGACACAUACACACAAAGGAAGAGAGAAACACAUACCAAUUCACAUACAAAGGCACCAGGUCAGUGAAACAGAACAACAAAUAAAAACAGAGGAGAAAAGAGAGAGAAGCUCAAGGAAACAAACAUCUUUAUAGACAGAGAGAGACAUAGAGGAAGAUAGACUGAGAGAAAAGUAAAGAAACAAAUGCGCUAAGAAGAUUUAGGAGAUUGAUCUGUUACUGAGUCUCCAUCGCUCCAGGAUUUGCUCCAAGUGGGAUUCCAGUACUUCACACUGGGUAACACCUUAUUGCACUGAGCAGGCAAGCAGUAACAUCCAAGGAUGAAGCCGAUGCAGAAGUUACUGCAGUUACCAGUAUCAGCUGUCAACCUGAUCAAGCCGCUGUGCCAAGAGGAAACCAAGAGCCCAGUGCUGACUUCGGUCGGUGGCCAGCAGAACUGGUACAGUGCGGUGCAACCAGAUGAGCUGAAGCUGCUAAAAGCCUCACCAGAGCCUGAACACCAGGGUGAAGAGCCACCUGAACCUGGCCAGACACAACCAAUCCGGCAUGACGACCUGAAGGAGAUGCUGGAUAGUAAUAAGGACUCCCUGAAACUGGAAGCAAUGAAGAGGAUUGUAGCGAUGAUUGCUAGAGGAAAAAAUGCUUCAGAACUCUUCCCUGCAGUGGUGAAGAAUGUUGCCUGCAAAAACAUUGAGGUGAAGAAGUUGGUUUAUGUUUAUCUAGUUCGAUAUGCAGAGGAGCAGCAAGAUCUGGCUUUACUUUCCAUCAGCACCUUCCAGAGAGGAUUAAAGGACCCAAACCAGCUGAUUCGAGCCAGUGCCCUCCGUGUUCUGUCCAGCAUCCGCGUCACAAUUAUCGUCCCCAUUAUGAUGUUGGCAAUAAAAGAGGCUGCAUCUGACAUGUCUCCUUAUGUCAGGAAGACAGCUGCCCAUGCCAUUCCCAAACUGUACAGUUUGGACCAAGAUCAGAAAGACCAGUUAAUCGAGGUGAUUGAGAAGCUGCUGGCUGAUAAAACCACUUUAGUUGCUGGAAGUGUGGUGAUGGCCUUCGAAGAAGUUUGCCCUGAGAGGAUUGAUUUGAUUCACAAGAACUAUCGGAAACUCUGUAACCUUCUGAUCGAUGUGGAGGAGUGGGGACAGGUUGUCAUCAUCAAUAUGCUCACACGCUAUGCACGGACCCAGUUCCUCAACCCCAACCAAAACGAAUCAUUAUUGGAGGAAAACCCGGAAAAAACAUUUUAUGGAUCUGAUGAGGAGGAAUCCAAGCAAGGGGAAAUGGAUGCAGCGGUGCUUCCGAAACGGAAACCGUACGUCAUGGAUCCUGACCACCGUCUACUGCUUCGCAACACCAAACCUCUUCUCCAGAGCCGGAAUGCCGCGGUAGUGAUGGCUGUCGCGCAACUUUACUUCCACCUUGCUCCCAAAGCAGAGGUUGGUGUGAUAGCCAAGGCACUUGUUCGCCUGCUACGCAGUCACAGUGAGGUGCAGUUUGUGGUGCUGCAGAAUGUUGCCUCCAUGUCAAUCAAACGAAGGGGAAUGUUUGAGCCCCACCUAAAGAGCUUCUACAUCAGAUCCACAGACCCAACGCAGAUUAAAGUGCUGAAGUUGGAAGUUCUGACUAAUCUGGCCAGCGAGACCAAUAUCUCAACCAUUCUGCGUGAGUUCCAGACAUACAUCAAGAGCCAGGACAAGGACUUUGUAGCUGCCACUAUCCAGGCUAUUGGCCGAUGUGCUACCAACAUUGAUGAGGUCCGUGACACUUGCCUGAAUGGAUUGGUUCAGCUGCUAUCCAAUAGAGAUGAGUUGGUAGUUGCUGAGUCUGUGGUCGUCAUUAAGAAGCUGCUGCAGAUGCAACCGUCGCAACAUAGUGACAUCAUCCGACACAUGGCAAAACUCAUUGACAGCAUCAUGGUUAGUGUGGUGGUUCCAAUGGCAAGAGCCAGUAUCCUUUGGCUUAUCGGUGAGUACUGUGAACAUGUGCCUACGAUCGCUCCCGAUGUGCUUCGGAAAAUGGCCAAGUCCUUCACCAAUGAAGAAGACAUUGUUAAGCUGCAAAUCAUUAACCUGGCUGCCAAACUGUACCUUACUAACUCCAAACAGACCAAACUUCUGACUCAGUACGUUCUUAAUCUGGCCAAGUAUGACCAGAACUAUGACAUCCGGGAUCGAGCCCGUUUCAUCCGACAGCUCAUCGUUCCAACAGAGAAGAGUGGAGUGUUGAGCAAGUACGCCAAGAAGCUGUUUCUGGCCCAGAAGCCUGCUCCAGUCCUCGAAUCCUCCUUUAAAGAUCGGGAUCAUUUUCAGCUCGGCUCAUUGUCCCACCUGCUGAACAGCAAAGCUGGAGGCUACCAGGAGCUCCCUGAUUGGCCUGAGUCUGCCCCUGACCCCUCUGUCCGCAAUGUGGAGGUUUCAGAAUGGACUAAACCCAGUAACCGAGAGAAGAGAAAGGAGAAGGUGGAAAAACCUUUCUAUUCUGAUUCUGAGGGGGAGUCUGAACCUACUGAAUCGGCAGACAGUCAGUCCCCAACUGCCAGUGAGUCCGAAAGCAUGAGUGAAAUUGAGAGUGAGAGUGGCUCUGGGAGCGAUGAAGAGAGUGAUGAGGAGAUCAAGUCAGACAAGGAGAACAAGAAGAAAGCAAGAAAGGAGAAGAGCAAGAAACAAGAUGACAGCGAGGACAGUGAAGGUGAAGAGAAGACCAUGAAGAAACGCGAAGAGGAGGAAGAAUCAAGUUCCUCAUCUUCUUCCUCGUCUGAGGAAAGUUCAUCAGAGAACAGCUCAUCAGAAUUAGAGUCAGAGGGGGAGUCUGAAUUGGAUAUCAAUAAAAAGAGCAGGAAGAAGCUUUCCGCAGCAAGACCACCUCUGAGGCCACUUGAGGCCAAACAGAAGGAGAUCUCACUCCUUGACCUAGAUGACUUCAGCUCACCCACAAACUUCCAGAGCAGCCCCUCCCCCAACACAUUGCCCAAGAGUCUCAAUCUGGAUCUACAGGGAUUAUCAUUAACUGACACAACCCUACUAUCUGAGGUGUCAAGUCCCUUGCUGGGAGGAGUGAAAACUUAUGAGUUGCUUCAUCGCAUCACAGGAGAGGGGCUGUCAGUGGAGUAUUACUUCAACAGGCGGCCAUUCAGCCCAGACCACACCAUGGUCUCUGUCCAGAUGCAGUUUACCAACAAUUCAGAAAUGGAAUUCCGAAAUCUCCAUAUUGCCGAGCCCAAGUUGCAGCCAGGAAUGAGAUUGCAGGGAUUCAAGGAGAUUGCAAUUCUCCAGCCAGGUGAGGUCAUCGCAGAUAUUUUGGGCAUCGAUUUUUGUGAUUCCACACAAGCAGCCAACUUCCAGCUAUGCUCCCAGACCAGGCAGUUUUAUAUGUCCAUUCAGCCGCCUGUGGGGGAAUUGAUGAUGCCGGUUUUCAUGACUGAGAACACUUUCAAGAAGGAGCAAGAACAACUGUUAAAUCCCAGUGCUGGAAAAUUGAUGGGAAUGAAUGAAAUCAAGGAGAAACUGACCCUCCCAGAGAAAUGCCGGAGUGACCAAGCCAUUGUCCAGAAGGUGUUGUCUACAGCCAACCUUGGGCGAGUGCCAUGUGGGCUGGAUAAUGAGUACAGGUUCGCUGCUCGAACAAUCAGUGGUGGUGCUUUGGUUCUCGUUACACUGGUAGCCAAAGAAGAUGGAGCUGCUCAGCUAACGAUUAACUGUGAGAAGAUGGUGAUUGGCACGAUGAUGGUGAAAGACAUAAUGCAGGCAAUGACCCAGUGAUGAAGCUCAUAUAUCUCAGUCUGACAUGGUGGGCUUGGGGUUUGGGAGUUGCCUCUUGCUCAGCUCUUGCAUCCUCAACAACCCCUGACAGCGCACCCACUCAAGAAGACACUGGCUGUAGGAGAUACAGCCGAACUGAAACUUAGUUAGGACAGAACCUUCUCCAAUAUCCAAAACAAUAAGGAGCAGGAGGGGAGUAUUUGGUUCUUUGAGCCUGUUCCAUUAUUCUCUAUAAUCAUGGUUGAUGUGAUUGUGGCCUCAACGUCACUUUCCUGUCUCCUCCCACCCAAUAAUCACUGAUUCCCUUGUCAAUCAAACAUGAAAUGCAGUUCCAGACAAACUCAAAGACCUAGCCUCCCACUGCUCCAUGGAGAUGAAAAUUCCUAAUUUUCAACUUGUGUCCUCUAGUUCCAAUCUCCACCAUAUGGGGAAAAGUCCAUUUGAAAUCCACCCUGUCAAGGUCCUUCAGAAACCUAGGUUUCAAUAGGAUCACCUUUCAUUUUGCUAAACUUCAAUGACUACAGGCCCAAUCUGUCCAGUAUUUCGUCACAAGACAACUCCUUCAUUGCAGGAAUCAAUUGAAUGGUUCUUUCUCUAACUGCUUUCAGUGAAAUAGUAUUCUUUCUUAAGUGUUGUGUGUGAUGAGAUCCUGAUUAACUUGCUGAAGGAUGACAAUAAGUUGACUUCUAAAAGUUGAGCAACCAGCCCUUUGCCCUGCCACACUCCACUGAAAAAUCUGAUGCUGUUUCAAUUCUUAUUGGUUAUCAGGGCCCCUGAAUCGAACAUUUUCCCCAUUUCUGUUUCAAAUGUCAAUGUUUUACUCAAUGGAUUUUCAUCACUUAUGUUUACCUCUUUUGGAAUUCUAUCUCUAAACCACUCUGUCUCUCUCUUCUCCAUUAACACUUUCCUCUUUUGAUCAGCCUUUUAAUGACUCUGUCGUUACCUGAUGCUUACCUGAUCUCCUGCACUGGUUUCACCUUAACAAUGAGAUUCAAUCUACUGGGUUGAUCUCCAAUAGAAAAUUGUUGCCUGAUAUAUAUUAAACUGUAUCUAAACCAUCAGCAAACAAAAUAUAGCACCUCAAUCUCAUGAGCUAGGAGUUUGCCUGACAACCAUAAAAUACACCAUGACAUUGUAAGAAUCAAUAUUUUCCAGUUUGCAGGCAAAGAUUUUUUAAAUGCUUUUCGUGGUCAUAACUUUGAAAAACGUUGCCACAAUUAUGGAAGACAUGUUCAUGGAGACAAAUAUUUCUCCAUUCCCUUUGAGAAUUCCUUACUAUUCUCCCCUGGCAGCAGCCAGUGAAGCAAGUACUGGGCUUGUACUGAGACACGAAAUGGUGUUGUAUUGUGGAUACACAAACAGAAGUUGCUGGAAAAGCUCAGCAAAUCUGGCAGCAUCUCUGAAGAAAAGAUCAAAGUUGACAUUUUAGGUCUGGUGACCCUUCCUCAGAACAAAACAUUAACACUGAUUUUUUUCUUCACAGAUGCUGCCAGAUCUGCUGAGCUUUUCCAGCAACUUCUGUUUGCGUUCCUGAUUUACUACAUCUGCAGUUCUUUUGCUUUUUAUUUAGAUACGUGCUUUGUCUCUGAAAUACGUCCUUUGUCAAACUACAAGAGACAUACUGGAGCCGAAACAUUAAGUCUGUUUCUCCCUUCACAGAUGGACCAGACUUGCUGAGUUUGAUUGCAUUCCUUGUGUUGGUCUGAGAUUUCAAUAUCUGUAGUAUUUUGCUUGUAUCCUUGGUGCCUAUUUGGGUAGCUGAUCGUCAGCAGCCAUCUGAACUGCUUUGAGAAGGGAAGCACUCACCCCUCAAAUUUAGAUCUAAGGGAGAGAGCCCAGCAUUGAGGCAGGAUGAUAAAUGAUACUCCAAGUGUGAGUAGAGGGGUGUUGGAACCAGAUGUCGAGGAACUGUUUGCAUGGAGACUGAAGGCAAUUGUUUCAAAUGGCCGUGGACAGGAUUUGUGCUUGGAGCUGAGAGAGGUCAAAAAGGAGAUGUUGGUAAAGUGACAUUUUAGAUCAGUAACCCAGAGACCCAGGCUAAUGCUCUGGUGUCAUGGGCUGAAAUCCCACUACAGCAGCUGGUGAAAUGUAAAUUCAAUUUUAAAGUCUGAAAUUGAAAGCUAGUGUCAGUGACUAUGAAAUUAACGUCAAUUAUCAUAAAAACCCAACUGAUUUGCUAUGUCCUUUAGGGAAGAAAAUCUGCAUUCCUUGCAUGAACUGACCCACAGUAGUGUGAUUGACUCUUAACUGCCCUCUGAAAUGGCCUAAAAACACUCAGUUCAAGGAAAUUUAGAGCCAGUGAUGUCCACAUCCCAGACGGAGUAAAGAAAAUAAACCUGAACUAUUAGAUUACUGAUUUGGAGACAAUUAAGCCACUAUAUUUAAGACAAUCAUGUAUUGCAGCAAAUACUGACCUUGCCAGGAAUUCUCAUUCCAUGAAAUAAUUAGAAAUAAAGGAAAAAGGAUUAUAGUAAUCACUUUUACUGACAAUAAAAACAGUCAUGUGGCUCCUAUUGGCCAAUGAAUUGUUUGGCAUGAAGGAGCCAAGGAUCAUACAGGUGUUUCUGCUAUAACGUGUGUUUCGUUAACGCAAAUUAGCUGUAAUGUGAUUGAAUAGUAGGCACGGUUUGGAUAACGUGAAUUUUCUAUUGUACAGUAUAGUGAUUUUUCGAUAGCAAUUUCCCCUUAAUGUGGUUUUACAAAGCAAUUUUCUAGAGUGCAAGGUCACACAAGAACGCAACUAUUGUGAUAUAGGAGAAAUACCUGUACAGUUUCAAAAUGGGUUUUAAAUUUUAAAUAAUUUUAAAUAGGUUUCCAAUGAGAGCUUAAAUUAGCCAAAAAAUUCCAAUCAAUAUUUUUAGUAAAAUAUUUAAUCAUUUCUGAUGUUUUGCCAAGGUGCCAAAAUCUUUAGCUGAAGUGGGCCUACUGAAAGACAUUCAUUGGAUCAAGUCAUUCAGUUCAGUCAUCAUUUUAGAGUGACAUCUUUUUAUCUUUUAAUCUGUACUGUCAAUUCAUCUGCCUUUGUUUGUAAAUAUCACACUGUAAUUGGAAUCUUCCACCUCUGAUUGUGCUGCAGCGUUUGUAAGUGCAACUUAAGAAAUCCACAUGGACAUGAACUCUAUGUUAAACUUCGUAACUGCUGCCUCCCAGGUUGUGUUAAUACUUGGAAAUGAAAUUGGGGUGUUCUCACUAGGACAUAAAUUUGGGCAAAAUUUAUGGACACUCUGGAUUGCCUCCGUAUCAGGGGACCCCUCUUGUCCCUCCCAGUUGAUCCAAAGGAAUACGGAGUGCUACUUAUUGCACUGACUUAUCUGUAGGACUUGGUGGAAAUAUGAUAUAAUUAGAAACCCAUGAGCUUCAUUUCAGGUUUUUUUGGUAAUAGUUUCCACCAUUAACCUUCAACAGUGUUGAGGUAUCAUCAAACCUGUGGACCUAUUCUCCUACGUUUGGGAGUUUCGUUCAUGAGUGCCAGAGUAUAUGCUGAUGGAUCUACACACUGUGUGUCCGUGGAGGCUAAACUUUCUCCAACUGCCGUUGAAGCUUUAAUUUGGAACCACAAGUGACACAAUUUCAAAAUAUUACCACAAGGACAUUCACCAGAACACUUGCUGAUUGAGGCUUUGCCUUAACACAUUUGGCUCUCCCUUUCACAUUGUUGUUAGCCAAUUGUGUGGACUGAAAAUGAGAAACACAGUCACACAAAAAGUGACAAAAACACAGACUCUCACAUACUACACACCAGACAUCAACAUUUUGGAUACCUCUGCAUAGACCAUUCCCAUUGAAAAUGUGGAUGAAUGUAAUAAUAAUUUAGAGAUAGUUGUGUACAGAACAUCCUAUACCACUAUUUGAAAAAGGAUCCCAUACUAUUUCCUUCAACAUUCCAGAGCUGUGCAGGCUGGGUGGAUUGGCCAUGCGAAAUCACCCAUAAUGUUCAGGGAUGUGUGGGUUAGGCGGGUUAAAGGGGGAUGUGUCUGGGUGGGAUGCUCUGAGGGUCUUUGUGGACUAGUUGGGCCGAGGGGCCUGUUUCCACACUGUAGGGAUUCUAUGGAACUAUUCUCAUCCAUCCUUGGUACAAGACUGAAAAUGUUUAUUCUAUUUUCUUACACUUUUUAAAUUACAUUUAAUUUAUGCUGAAACAGAAAAUGUGCAACCAUAACACCUCUCUGGGUAAAAUCUUUAAGCACUUGACUAAUAAGGCUUUUUGGAAACUACAAUUUUAACUGCACAAAGCUGAUCAUUAUAAAAACAACGGCAAGUUAAAAUGGAGUGCUGGCCACUUGAGAUAUGUUUCAAAUUCCAUUUGCAAAAGAAACAAAUUUGUGAUUUGCUUCUCAUAUCCUUCAAUGUUCUCAGAACGGACUCAUUGUGCCUUAUCACGGAAUCAUGGAAUGACACUGCACAGAAACAGUCCAUUCAGCCCAUGUGGUUUUCACUGUCUGACUUGAUUCAAUUCAGUUGAUGGGCAAUGCGAUUUGUGCCCUUUUCCUCUAUUUCCCUUCUUGUUUUCUCAAAAAUACAUAUGAAGAAGAUAUACAAGACUUCUUUUAAUUACUUCAUCAUUCACUUUUCAUCAUCCAGAGUUCUGUGUCGAGGAAGCAAUGUUUGGAAUAGAAGGUAAUUCAGCUUCCCAUGCCCACUGCACCAUUGGAUCAGAUCUAUAUCACCAACUUUGCUUUUAGAAAUUCCUGAGGGCUUUGCUUAACAAAAAUCCAAUGCUGUCUCAGUCUUUAAAAUUUCCAGUUCACAAAACCUACAGUGUUCCCAGAGGAAGGGAGUUUCUGACUUGUGUCUGUGUCUUUUUCUGUGGAGUUGGUCAGUUCAGUUGGUUGGUUUGCAAUGUAGAGUAUUGUCAACAAGCACAGGUUCAAUCUGUUUCUCAACGUCACACCUUGGCUGAGGUGUGGUGACCUGCAGGUUAACUCACCAGCAGUCAUUUUUCUCUCUCUCACUCUAAUGAGGGAAUAGAACUAAGCGUGGGUAAAAGGUAUUUCCCUGAUUUAACUGUGUAACAGCCUGGCUCUAAUAUUCAGGUUUUGACCGAGAACAUCUGUAAGGGAAAGUAUGUGUGUGUUGUGUUUAUGUGAUCUUCAUCUUUCACCUAUCCACAUGCUGAGGGAGAAAGAGACCAUACAGAGAUCUGUUUUCAGAAUGUUAUGUAUGAGGUAACAGUGUGGGUGAAAAAUCUGUGCACAUCCCGCCCCACAAAUUUAAAUGUGAGAAAUAUCCAUAGCCAUUCCUUUCCUUAAUAUCAUGGGUUCCAUGUAUGAUCUGCCUGGAGAUUUCACACUUCCCCUUCCUUCAUGUUGCUCAAUGAAUUUGGUCAGAACCAGUUUGCUUGCAGCCACAUACUCCUGUUUCUAACACUGCUGGCCUCACAGGAGCUUUGCUCUCUGUUUAUCAUUCAUCAUGUAGGAUAAGGAAUUGUGCCUGUACCCCAUUCCUCCCAAAGAUUUCACUCCAUCAUACCUCUAGCAUUUCCUGAAAAAGUGGUUAAAAUUCACUAGAAUUACACACAGCAAUGAGAUAACGCCAAAAUACUGAUGGGUAUGAAAUCCUGAUUUCCCCGUCUUCCUCAACAAAGAGUGUGAGAGAGACAGAGGCACCCUGUUCUUUAUGCAGUUCACUGUGUUUAAUUCGUAAUUAGUUCCUUGUUGCUUUGCAAUGGUAUCCUUCCAGUGGCAGUGUUUGGUUGUUACAUGGCUAUCAACCCAACUGCUUGGGCAGGUUAAUUUAUUGCACAAAAACUUCAAUUAAAAAGCUGCUGAGAAACUCAAAA